UUCACAUCUCUCUGCUUUUGUUUCCCUAUAUAUAAUUCAUAAUCACCAUCUCAGUCCUAUAACUUCAAAUCUCCACAACUACAAACUUCUAAAAAAGAUUUCUUAGUUUCAUUUGACAAUGAAGCUUCUUCAAGCAUCACUGUGUCUGAUCAGUCUGAUCAGUCUUCUCCUAGUCCUACCUUCGAUCUUCGCUGCUUCUUCCUCUGAAGACUUUGAUUUCUUCUACUUCGUCCAACAAUGGCCAGGAUCAUACUGUGACACACAGAAGAGUUGUUGUUAUCCAACUUCAGGCAAGCCAGCAGCUGAUUUUGGUAUUCAUGGUCUUUGGCCUAACUACAAAGAUGGAACUUAUCCAUCUAACUGUGACGCCACUAAACCAUUCGAUUCAUCAACGAUAUCGGAUCUAGUCAGCUCAAUGAAGCGGAACUGGCCUACACUUGCUUGCCCAAGCGGCUCAGGAGAGGCGUUCUGGGAACACGAAUGGGAGAAGCACGGUACUUGCUCCCAAUCGGUUAUCAACCAGCAUGAGUAUUUCCAAACCUCUCUUGGCCUUAAGCAGAAAACCAAUCUUCUUGGAGCUCUUACUAAAGCCGGGAUUAAUCCGGAUGGGAACUCGUACAGUUUAGAGAGCAUAAGAGGCUCGAUCAAAGCGUCAACGGGCUUCACUCCUUGGAUUGAGUGUAACAGAGAUGGGUCUGGGAAUAGCCAAUUGUACCAAGUCUAUCUAUGUGUUGACCGGUCUGCUUCCGGUUUAAUCGAAUGCCCGGUUUUCCCUCAUGGAAAAUGUGGAGCCCAGAUUGAAUUCCCUUCUUUUUAAUUAUCUGUUUUUGUAAUUUCUUAAUGUAUUGAAUUGAGCCGAUCUUUUCUUGAUGAAGAUCGGUUUCGUUAAAUAUAAUUUAUGCUGUAAUAAACUUUUAUGGAAUUUGAUUUCAUUAUGCUUAGUA